UAGCCAAUCGGCCGUUACUAUCUCCUACAAUUUUCCUAUAAAAACCAUUUCUACUCAACAACAAAACCUACACUAUGCAUUUCUUGCUUCAUCAAUUUUCUCGUUGAAAAAUAUUUUCUCAUGGAAAUCUCACUUUCUUACUGUUUCUUGAUCUUUUUUCCCCUCUAUUUUAUCUCUAAAUAUCUGCUCAAAGUCAACAAAAAUCUCCCACCAAGUCCCGGACUCGCUUUACCGAUCAUCGGCCAUCUCUAUCUUUUCAAGAAACCUCUCCAUCGAACCUUUGCUGCCAUUUCUAAAAAACACGGCCCAAUUCUAUUCCUUAAAUUCGGAUCUCGUCCGGUCGUUCUCGUGUCGUCUCCUGAAGCAGCAGAGGAAUGUUUCACGAAGAACGACGUUGUUUUCGCCAACCGACCGAAACUUCUCGCCGGAAAACACCUCGGUUAUGACUACACAACUCUUGUCUGGGCCUCCUACGGCGACCACUGGCGUAACUUAAGACGCAUAGCCGCUGUUGAGCUUUUGUCGUCUAAUCGCAUACAGAUGUUUUAUAACAUUCGACUCGACGAGAUCAGAUCGUUAGCUCGUAGUCUGUUUAGAGAGUCAAAGGAUGCUGGUAAAUUCAUCACCGUUGACGUGAAAUCGACUGUGUUCGAGUUUACGCUAAAUGUUCUGAUGAGGAUGAUCGCCGGAAAGAGAUAUUACGUUCAGGACACAGCGGAAUUGGGCGAUGGAAAGAAGUUUAAAGAAAUUGUAGCGGAGACUUUUCUAGUGAGUGGAUCAAGCAAUAUUGGAGAUUUUGUGCCGAUGUUGAAGUGGGUUGGAUUAACUAAGAUUGAAAACAGGCUACAAGCACUGCAGGCAAGUAGGGAUACAUUUAUGCAGGAUUUGAUCGAAGAACAUAAGAGUGUAAGCAGUGAUGAUGAUUCGGGUUCAGGAAAGAAGUGCAAGACUAUGAUUGAUGUUCUGCUAGAAUUGCAAAAACAGGAACCUGAAUACUAUACAGAUGAAAUCAUUCGAGGCAUGAUGUUGGUUUUGUUAACGGCAGGGAGUGACACAAGUUCAGGAACACUAGAAUGGGCACUAACACUGUUAGUAAACAAUCCAGAAGCGCUAAUAAAAGCAAGAGAGGAAAUGGACAAAAACAUAGGACAAAGCAAACUGCUCGAAGACUCAGACAUAGACAAUCUUCCUUAUCUUCAAGGUAUAAUUAACGAGACGCUAAGAAUGAAGCCGGCUGCACCAUUGAUACCCGCCCACGAGUCAUCACAAGAGUGCACUCUAGGAGGAUAUAAAAUCCCACGUGGCACAAUGCUGUUGGUCAACAUGUUUGCCGUACACAACGAUCCAAACUUAUGGGAAGAGCCUACAAAGUUUAAGCCAGAGAGGUACCUUAAGGAAGAUGGAUUGGGGUACAAGUUAUUACCGUUUGGGGCAGGAAGAAGAAGGUGUCCUGGUGAAGGGUUUGCUUUGAAAAAUAUUGGGUUGGCUUUAGGGACUCUGGUUCAGUGCUUUGAGUGGGAGAGGAUUGGUGAAGAAUUGGUUGAUCUGACCGAAGGGAGUGGGCUUUCUAUGCCCAAGGCUCAGCCUUUGAUUGCCAAGUAUAGACCACGCCCAACCAUGGUCAACCUCCUUUCCACCAUCUAACAAAUUAUUGUCUUUUCUUGACUUUCUUGGCAUUAAGAUUUUCUAUGUAUUAUUAGAAUACCUUUAAUAUGUGGCUCAUGCAUGUUUCAAAUAAAGAUUGAUAGUAAUAUGUUUCUUUUCUUUUUAA